GAGACACUGCUGCCAUGGCUGUCAAGCAGCAGGCGUCUCAGUUUAUGUGAAGUUGCCUCUUGUAAAGUUGUGAUUUAACAGCAAUUUAGUUUUGAUGUGAUGUCGGACAAGCGUCAGCGCGCCAGAGUCCAGGGCUCCUGGGCCAAAUCACUGCCAAAACACACAGCACCAACCGGCACAGUUCCAAACAACCCUCAAACCAGAAAUUCCAACCAAACCUCUACUUCUUGGGAUUUGGGGCAACAGAAGACAUCUAAGACAUUUGAGUUUCAUCAGCCCACUAAGCCAAGUAGAGAUGUUCCACCAGAGAGGGUGAUCGAACAUGCAGGCGAUUAUGAGAUCAGCCAUGUUCCUUCUGGAGUCUCCAGACUGCGGCUGCUGCCUGGGUUUCUUGCCCAGGAGGAGGCUGACUGGAUGUUCAGUAAAUUGUUAGAGGAGCUUCCCUGGUCUAAGAAAACCAACUACAGACAGGGUGAGGCAUAUGGCGAGCCAAGGCUGACCUGCUGGUAUGGAGAGUUGCCUUAUACAUAUGCUCACUCCACCAUGGAUGCCAAUACACAGUGGCAUCCUUUGUUGUUAACCCUUCGUGAGGCAGUGGAGCAGGCGAGCAGCAGCAGAUUCAACUCGCUGCUAUGUAACUUGUACCGGGACUGCCAUGACAGCAUUGGCUGGCACAGCGACGAUGAGGCCUCCUUGGGCGCCAAACCCACAAUCGCCUCGCUCAGUCUGGGGGACACCAGAGUGUUCAGCCUCAGGAAGCAACCUCCACCGGAGGAGAACGGUGACUUCACUUAUGUGGAGCGGAUUCGGGUUCCUCUGAGUCAUGGGACACUUCUGCUGAUGGAGGGAGCCACACAGGACGAUUGGCAGCAUCAAGUGGCUAAAGAGUACCAUGACCGAGGCCCGCGCAUCAACUUGACCUUCAGAACUAUUCAUCCUGAGCUGGAGGGCCACAGGCCGGGGACCAAGCUUCGCUUCACUGCCAAGCAAGAGUAAACCCCCCUCAGAGUCAGGUACUUCAGGCUUAGGAGAGUGCAGUUUUCAGCUGUUUGAGCCACUCGUCACUUAAUCAUAGACAAUGGUGUGAAUAACAGCUUCCUCCAACUGAAACAGGGAGAUUUGCAGCAUGGAUUCACCUGUUGCAUAAGUGAACCAUAAUAAUACCUCAGUUGUGACCAGUGGUAUUAAUCAGAUAUCAGUGCAGAGAAGCUGCGUACGAGGAUAGGGUAUAUUGAGGACUUAAAGGCUCUGAGAGAUGUCAGCUCUGAAUAUUAUUUUGAUUUUAUUUAUUCUUUCAGAAGCUUAGAGAGUUGUUUCAUUUCAGACGGAAACUUUAGUCAGUAUUUUUGUGGCUGUAACUCAGCAAACGGCGCUGAGCAUGGCACUUGAUGCCACAAUAACUUUUGUUGCCAUGUUCAGUUUGUGGUGGGAAGCUCCUAGGUUGCAGUGCCUGAAUACCACAUCUUGGUAUUUAUUUGCCAUACAACCAUGUUUUUGGUUUUGUUUUGUCAAGCUUUAAUUUUGCCUACAGUUUUUGAGAAAGCGUAGAUUGGUUAGGUCUGAAUAAACAUUGAGUGCAUGUCAAUAUUGACAUGCCAUGAAAAUUGUCUUUAGGAAAAUACAGUGUCCAUAGUGCUCACUGUACAGCAAGUCACUUCGGAUGUGACUGUUGGUGUAAUGCUGUGUGAAAUGUAAACAGUUUAUCUCAUGGAGCUUUUGGAAAGAGUGUGGCUGCUAUAAAAAGAGGAAGGAACAAGUAAAGUGGCCUCUUGGGUCAGUUCAGACAAAUAAGACAAAAAGUCAAGACAUUGCCGUAACAGAUCGGACAACAGGCAUAUUUGUAGUAGAUAACUACAGCAGAUUUUGAUGGAGACAUUUUUUUUUCUGCCUCGCUAUACUGACAUCUGAAAAUGCAAGACUUGAAGAAGUGCAUGUCAGAGGGGGAAGAUCCCACAUGAUAGAAUGUUCUGUUUAUUAUGUAACAUUAAUACAUGCAACUGUCCUCGAUUGCUGUGUUUCUGAAAUAAACUUAAUGUGUUCUCUGUCGAA